AACCCUUUCGAUCCUCACCAAAUCCAUCUUCCUCCUCACCUCCAUUCUUAUCCUAAUCAUCCUCACCUCCCUCCUUAUCCUAAUCAUCUGCAAGACCUCUUCAUCCAUUAUCUUCUUCCUCUUUUUUUUUUUUUUUUUUUUUUUUUGGGUUCUCUUGGUAGGAACUCGAUUUGGGUUCUCCUUCAAAGUUCACUGCACCUAGGGAUUGAUUUUUGUGUGUUGGGUUAUCGAAGAUCCAUGCUAUUUUGUGGUAGAGCUGUAGUGGGUUUGGUUUGGUUUUGUCCUCUAGUUCAUGAAUUCAAUGCUUUUCUUCUUGGGGUGUAAAGGAGUUGUUGGGAAAUGGAGUUGCUGCUCAUUGAAGUGGAGGUGGAGAUGGAGAUCGGAGGUGAUGGUGGUGGUCGCGGAUCUGCUUUGGUUAUGACGGCUGAUGGAGGUGGAGGCUAUGAUGAUGGUUAACAUUCUAGGGGGUGAUUUUUGCUGGAUAAGACUUGGGCUCUCUUGGAGGAGGAGGAUGGAGGAGAGAGAGAGAAAGAGAGAGAAAAAAGAAGAAGAAGAAAGAAAAAGGAAGAAGAUAAUGGAUGAAGAGGAUGGUAAUCGAGUUAAGUGUAAUUAAUGAAAAAUAAUGGAAAUU